AUGCGACUGAACAGGGAAUAUGUACGUCGUGUUGAUAAAUCGACAAAGAAAAUGAUUGCAGUUGCCUUCUGUUCAUAUCUAUCUAUCUAUCUAUCUAUCUAUUCCAGUCUGUUCAUAUCUAUCUAUCUAUCUAUCUAUCUAUUCCAGUCUGUUCAUAUCUAUCUAUCUAUCUAUCUAUCUAUCUAUUCCAGUCUGUUCAUAUCUAUCUAUCUAUCUAUCUAUCUAUUCCAGUCUGUUCAUAUCUAUCUAUCUAUCUAUCUAUCUAUCUAUUCCAGUCUGUUCAUAUCUAUCUAUCUAUCUAUCUAUCUAUUCCAGUCUGUUAUCUAUCUAUCUAUCUAUCUAUCUAUCUAUUCCAGUCUGUUCAUAUCUAUCUAUCUAUCUAUCUAUCUAUCUAUUCCAGUCUAUCUAUCUAUCUAUCUAUCUAUCUAUCUAUCUAUCAUUCCAGUCUAUCAUAUAUCUAUCUAUCUAUCUAUCCUAUCUAUUCUAUCUGUUCAUAUCUAUCUAUCUAUCCAUCUAUCUAUUUCAUCUAUAUCUAUUCUAUCUAUCUAUCUAUCUAUUCCAUCUAUCUAUCUAUCUAUCUAUCUAUCUAUCUAUCUAUUCCAGUCUGUUCAUAUCUAUCUAUCUAUCUAUCUAUCUAUUCCAGUCUGUUAUCUAUCUAUCUAUCUAUCUAUCUAUCUAUUCAGUCUAUUCCAUAUAUCUAUCUAUCUAUCUAUCUAUCUAUCUGUCUAUCAUAUCUAUCUAUCUAUCUAUCUAUCAUCUGUUCAUCUAUCUAUCUAUCUCAGUCUAUUCAUUCCAUCUAUCUAUAUCUAUCUAUCUAUCUAUCUAUCUAUCUAUCUAUCUAUCUAUCCAGUCUGUUCAUUCAUCUAUCUAUCUAUCUAUCUAUCAUCAGUCUAUUCAUCUAUCAUUAUCUAUCUAUCUAUCUAUUCCAGUCUGUCAUAUCUAUCUAUCUAUCUAUCUAUCUAUUUCAGUCUGUUCAUCUAUCUAUCUAUCUAUCUAUCUAUUCCAUCUAUUCAUCUAUCUAUCUAUCUAUCUAUCUAUCUAUCUAUCUAUUCAGUCUAUUCAUAUCUAUCUAUCUAUCUAUCUAUCUAUUAUAUAUCUAUUCAUAUAUCUAUUUAUCUAUCUAAUCAUCUAUUCCAUCUAUCUAUCUUCAUAUCUAUAUCUAUCUAUCUAUCUAUUCUAUCUAUUCAUAUUAUCUAUCUAUCUAUCUAUCUAUUCCAGUCUAUCUAUCUAUUUAUCUAUCUAUCUGAUUCCAUCUGUAUCUAUCUAUCAUAUCUAUCUAUAUAUAUAUCUAUUCCAUUCAGUCCAUCUAUCUAUCUAUCUAUCUAUUCCAUCUAUGGUCAUCUAUCCUAUCUAUCUAUUCAUCAUCGAAUUCUAAAAACAUUCUAUCUAUCUAUCUAUCUAUCUAUUCCAGUCUUUAAAUAUCUAUCUAAUAUAUUCAUCUAUCUAUUCAGUCUAUCUAUCUAUCUAUCUAUCUAUCUGAAUUAUUCCAUGAAUUCAUAUAUAUAUAUUAUCUAUCUAUCUAAUAUCUAUCUAUUAAUUUAUCAAGGAGAAUUCAUAUUUUAUCUAUAUCUAUCUUUUAUCUAUCUAUCUAUUCAGUCUUCUAUAUCAUAUCUAUCUAUCCAUCUAAAAUCUAUUCCAUAUUGUUCAUAUCCAUCUAUCUAUCUAUCUAUCUAUCCCAGUCUGUUCAUAUUAUCUAUCUAUCUAUCUAUCUAUCUAUUAUAUUUAUAUAUCAUACAUCUAUCUAUCUAUCUAUUCAGUCUGUUAAUCUAUCUAUCUAUCUAUUCAUCUAUUCUAUCUGUUCAUAUCUAUCUAUCUAUCUAUCUAUCUAUUCCAAAGAAAAUAAAAAAUAUCUAUCUAACUAUCUAUCUAUGA